CAACUCUCACUUACUUUGACCAUUUUAGCCUCUCUCUCUCUCUCUCUCUCUUCCAUGGCUGCCCCACCCUGAUCUUUUUGAGUGGAACCGCAGGCAGAAGCAGCCUCUCUUUUAGAGAAGAAAAGGGUAGAGAACCACCUCUUCUCUCUCUCUCUCAUUUCUCUAAGCCCUUCAAACCCUAAUCCAACUUAAGCCCAUAAAUAGUAAAAAAAACCAAAGCUCUUCUGCAAACCAUCAAUUUCAUGAUCCGUGGGUUGUUUAUUCUCUUCUCUUCUUUUUCACAUACCCUUUUGCUCCAAGACAAACCAAAAGCACUGUCCUCGUUCCAGAUCAGAGCCUUUAAGACAUGGGUACUUUCUGAAAGCUCUUCUUCUUCCAGAAAGAUUUCUUUCUUUCUCUCUCUCUCUCUCAUGCUUUGUUUUUAAUGGGUAUGUGUAAGUAAGUAAGCAAAAAUCUUCUCUGCAUCUCUCUUUCUCCCUUACGUCUUUCCUUUUUUUCUGCUCUUUAAUUCUCUCAUGGAUUCUGGUAAUAGCGGUAGUAUGUCGUCCAGUGGCGGUGAUGAGGAGUACGAUUCACGCGCCGAAUCGAUCUCCGCCUUCUUGAACCCAUCCAGCCAUGUCGGUUCAUUGUCUAACCACCCACCACACCAGGCGUCGCCGCCGCCACAUCACCACCACCACCAAGAAACUCACUCCUCCUCCAUGUUCGACCCUUUAUCGAACUACUUCGACCCACGCUCCGUCCAUCUCACAAACCCGAAUUCGCUUCUAAAUCUCGAUAUGGUCUGGCCCAAAACACUAAGAUCCGACUCGAAUGCCGCCGAUCUCGGCGGCCUAAUAACUCCCGCCUCCUCAUCCUCUCCCCAAAACCAACCUUUCUUGACCAAUCAAUUAGGCGGACAGAGCAGACCGGGCGGUUUUCCCAACAUACAGAUCCCCCCGGCGCCGGAAAAUGCCCCGCCGGCUCAACCAGGCAAUAACAACAGCAACGCGGUUCGAAACCCGAAGAAGCGGUCCAGAGCGUCCAGGCGUGCACCCACCACCGUGCUAACCACAGACACCACGAAUUUCCGAGCCAUGGUUCAGGAAUUUACCGGGAUUCCCGCACCGCCCUUCACAUCCUCGGCUUUACCAAGAAGCCGGCUUGAUCUUUUCGGCUCGGCUUCAUCAUCUUUGAGAUCAGGGCAUUUGGACCCCCCACCGCCUCCUUACCUUUUGAGACCCUUCGCCCAGAAAAUCCAGCCGCCGCCACCCACUUCUUCCUCCUCCUCAGCUCCUCCACCCAUGACGUCAUUUCAUAGCUCUUCAAUGGUUGAUGUUUUAGGCUUCUUGAAGCAGCCGCCGCCGCCGCAGAAUCUUCUCAACAUGCAAAACCCGAUUCUCAACCUCCAGACCCUUCUCCAAGCCCAGCCGAAAUUCUCGCUAUCCGGCUCCAAACCUCAAGCUCAAGCUCAAGCUUCCUCGGAAAUUCCGCCCAAUGUUUUGGAGGAAUUUGCCUUGAGUCGCACACAAAUGAUGAGCAGUACUACUACUGGCGGGCUUCCCAACAUGGUUUCUUCAAACGAGAAUAACUGGGGUGGCGGAGACGGCGGCGGUGAUCAAGGUCUGUUGAGGUCGCUCAACGGAAGUUAUAGUAGCUCAGAGCGGGUAGUUAACAACGGGAAGAUGAAUUACUCGGCGGCUUCUUCAUCGGAUUUUCAUGGAGAUAAGGGGCCGGAGAAUGUGGCUUCCAGAAGUGAAGGUAUGGUGGAAUCAUGGAUUUGUUCAUCAGAUUAGGCUUAAACAAUAUGUGAAUGAGAGAUGAUGCAUGGAACAUAAAAUCUUGGUGUUCUCCAUCUUUAACACGCUUUUUCUUUUUCUUCUUCUUCUUCUUCUUCUUCUUCUUUCCUGUUAAUUAUAUGUAAAUAAUAGCCUCUUCGAUCUUUUUCUCAUUUUCAUAUAUACCUUCAUAUACAAAC